AGACUGAGAAUAAUUCCGUUGUAGGCAAAGCAACUGUACAUCAUAAUUGUUGACUGUUGAAAAUGUGUAUAGAGGAGAAAAAAAGAACCAGUGGAUGCAACUGCAUAAAACCUGAUUAAAACUGACGAUUUUUGCACAGUUUUUUUUCAUCGCUCUUUCUCUCUGUGUGUCUCGCUUUUUUAUUGCUUGAAAGUCAAAAAACGCAAACGAGAACAUGAUCAACAUCAGCAGCAUGUCAUUUAAAUGGUGCGAUUCCACUGGGUAUUCAAUUUGAUCAUAGGCAACGUUUAUCGCAAUCUCAAUGCACACACACACCGAUCUCUUUUCGUCUAGAGAACAUCAAAUCGACUUUGGCGUAUGCUAUGCGAUGCAUUUCUUCGGUGCCCAUAUACAGACACACAGGCAAACACAUACUUGUCGAGAGAGAGUUUCUACAACGAAAAUGUGGCAUAAUUGCAUUCGUCAUUUCAACAUGAUAUUUUCUCCGAUUGAAAUCACUUAGACCUACUUCAUUCCACUUAACAAUCGCAUCGAAUAGCACGAUGAAUUAUUUCCGUUCGAAAUGUGCUUCGUUCAACUGCGGCGCGUACGCGUCAACGGUAUUUCGAAAUAUUGUCGUGGUCGAACGUAUUCAUAAUGCGACUGACUGCAUGACAACCACGAUUCUGAAUGAUUAUCUGUUUAAAAGCUGACGCCAGUUAUUAAUGAAUAUGUCUUCGGUGGGCCCUUCAUGUAGGUAUUUACGCAACGUUCGGUCGAUGCAAUUCAACACUAGUUCAAUCGAAAUAGUCACCAUUGAUUUCGAAAUGCUUUUUUUUUCCUCUGUUCACAAGUUCAAAAUGUCGGCUAAUCAAUUGAGAAAAGAAUGUCGAUUUUCUUACGAAAGUGAUAACAAACUAUUAUGGGCUGUCGAUAUCUUUAAGUGACUCACUUCACUUUUUAUCUAUGUCGAUUGUUUUUUCUCUUCUCAUUUCUGUUCGUUUUGUGUUCGGUGACGAAAAUGAGAAUGGAAACGGCUUCAAGUAUUACGCAUACUUCACUUAAGAACGGGCUGCAUUUCAUUCCAUUUAAAUAAUGUGUUAAUUUAAUGAAUGUGCUCAACCUCGUGCGGUUAAACCGAAAGAAAAAAACAUUCCAAUGAAAUUCUUCAUACACACAAAAAUAGACUCUUUGAAAUUGCGUGAAAUAUUAAGUUCCCUUUGAACUUGUUGGGUGCUCGUAUUUUCAGAACGAGAUAACAUGAAAGGCAAAACAUCAUUUGGGUGAUUGGUAGUACGUCAGGCGUAAAUGACAUGUGCACAAGCAUGCAUGAUGUGAACCGCAAAACCACACAACCAAAGUCAUGACGCCAAUGUACCUACGACCGGAAAUAUAAUGUGUACGACGGAGAGUGUAUGGCAGAGACAAAUCUCGGAAGAUUGGAGAAAAUUGCGGUUGACAGUGGCAAUAAUGGUGUUUUUUUCAGUUACUUUAUUCCAACCUUUGCGACUUUCUCGUUGCAACACAAAAGAAAUGGCAAAAAUGUCAUGGAGAGUUCGCGGUAUAUCGGUUUUUAUUGGCCAAACCAACACAUGCAAUUCACAUCGAUUCAAAGUCAUAUACAACCAGGGAUAGACGGUCUCCUGCUCGACACAUGGCACAUAAUAUAAGAAAACUUAAAACAUACAAUCACUUGAACCUUUCCACAUGAAAGAGAGCCCUGACAAACACACACACCGAGAGCGGAACAAGCAGAGAUUCGAUCGUGCUAAGUUCAAUUUAAAGCGUCUUUAUUAUAUCUAACGAGUUGAUGGUAUCACGGUGUGCAUUUUGACCGCUUAAACUAUACGUCAAAAGGCAGCAACGAGUCGAAGAACAAAGAAAGCACGAACAAUACUUCAACUUGAUUAAAAUAAUCCAUCAUAAAAAACAAUAACCAUUUCUGAGUGCAGCAUGCUGCUAUGGUUGUUGUUGUUGUUUUGAUGGAAGAAUAUAAGACAAAUACGCUCUUGUUGUUUACUUGUGCAGAGCAAUUUUCUCUCUCUCUCUCUCUUUGUGUGUAUAUGGCUGGUGAAGGUGCUGAUAUUUCAGUAGCGUUCCGAUCGAAGCCCAUCUGAGCGUUUACUGCAAAAUUGCUAUGCUCCCCAUAAACAAAUUCGGUUAAUCAACAAUUAUGGGAGAUAGAGAGAGAGACUUUGAGGCUGCGAAUAAAAUUCAAAACUUCAAGUAAUGUUUAAAGGAUUUUCAGAUUGUUCAUCGUAUCAUCUUUCGCCCACAUAAAACAGCAGAAAACACACAAUCCGCAUCAACUCGUAUUUCGAUGGACUCUUUACAUUCGAGACGAGUACUUGAAGCAUCUCUCUCUGGAUGUGCAAUUGACUAUAUAUAAUACGGUUCCAUAUAGUAUAUUCUAUUAUGUUGAAAAGCCCACACGAAUCAGUGCUCCAUCGUCACUGAAAAUUAUCUGUGUGUACUUGAUUCCGAAAGAAAAAAAUAAUGGUAAAAUAAAAGUCAGUCGGCAAAGUCGAUUGUGAUGCACGGUUCGCCGUUAACAUGCAGCAUCAUUAAUCUAUUCCAACUAAAAACCUCCACAUACACAUCUCUUGCACGCUCUUAUAUACAUCAAUUACCGAUCGUAGCUACAUGCAAGUUUUUGUAAAUGCACUCAAAUCGACGGCGCGGGAGAGAGAGAUAAAGAGAAAAGGAGAUGAAACCAUUACAGAGAGGCGUGCGCGCGCGCUCGUACGUACGACUGCCGCGCACAAAACGUUCACGAAGUGUACAAAUAAAAGCGGUCGCAUAUCUGAACCUUACGUAUUAAUGUGCGGCUUGUCUUCUUUCUUUUAUUUAUUUAUUUAUUUUCAAACUUAUCCAAAACGAAACAGAGACAAGUCAUAUUGUAAAAUGUUCGCGUAUACACUCAUACCAACAGAGACAAGACACACACACACAGUUCGAAGACCAAACGAAAUGUGAGUGAUUCUCUCUUUCUCUUCCCCUUGAAGAACCGAAAAGUAAACGCAAUGAGAAAUGGUGCGAUAACAAAAUGAAUCAAAACUUGAAGAAAAGUAACGACGCAACACAUAGAGCGCGCACGAUCGAUGAACACCACAUGAAUGGGUAAACGAGAUGGAAGAGGACAAAAUAACAGAAAACAAAAUAAAGGAAAAAACGAAAGAAAUGAAUAAAAAGUGUGUGUUUGCACCGAGAGAUGAAAAAAAAACUGUACAGGCAUAAGCAAAACGAAACGCGGGCCCGCACUCAAACUGACGACACAAACAAAGCAAAAGCAAGUUUUAUGUAUCAUCCGAGAGAGCUAUGCUGCUGGUGCUCGUGCUGGUGCUGCUGCUGCUUGUUUUUCGUUGUUGUUCACUUCGACUCACUCACGAUCGUUCAUUAUGCUUCCAGUUGCGAUUCGAAUCUCCACAUGAACCGAACCAUUCAAACAACGACUCAUCGAAACAUUAUUUUAAAAAUAAUUUUAUGUCGCGGCCGCUACUUCAGUUUACAGUGUUUGUGCUCUGUUUAAUGUUUCUCUGUCGUUGUUUGUUUGCCAUUUGCUAACCGUUUGUUUUGGGCAACAUUUGCAAUUUGUUGAGUGAUUUUCUUUUUCUAUUCGCCAUUUGAUUGGUGUCUUAAGUGCAGUGUUAUGUUUGACGGUCGAAUUCUCACGUUUUCGCUACCGAACAUUCAAUUAAUGCUUCAAAUAAAUGUUUUCGAAUGUUUCGCUUUUUUCUGUUGUUGAGAAGGGAAAAACCCAAUUUUUCGUGUUACCAUCUAACAAAACAAUACCGAGAAAGAAAGAAAAAAAAGAGCCAAAUGGACCGUGCGAAAGGUGAAAGCAUAAAUUUCAAUGAUCUGAUCUAUAUUCAGUGAUUUCGGUUGAUUUUUUGUGUGUUAUUGAAUAAAAUAUAUAUUAACCGAUAUAAAAAAAAGUAAAAACUGGCAGUGAAAGAAGAAAAUCAUCAACGAUAGUACUUUCAUCAGCGAAUCUGGUCAAUUUAUGCAUGAAAAACUUUUCAGUUGCCACAAAGUGUGUCUCUCCAUCCACCCAAGUGUGUCUCUCGCUCAGUUGCAAAUUUAAAAUCACAUCAAUCUCUGAAAGUAAAAAAAAACGACCUUUUGAUCGAUGACGACGACUACGACUCAACGAGAAAACGGUCUGCAGCACACUAUUCUCCAGUGACUUCGAUAAAAUUUAAACCACAAUCUAUUUCAGUAAGCCGAAGCUAAUUCAACUUCGAACAGUGAAUAAAUGUGCUUUUUGAUCAUUAAAAUUUCAACAUCGUUUCAAAUUAAGUGAACAACUCAACAAAACUUGUGCACACUAACGAACUAACGAAAAAAAAACGAUUAUGAACGUAAAAUAAAUUACUCCGCUAAACUCUAUAAACUGUGCUCAUUAAAUUUCAUGUGAAGGUAAACGGCGAACCGAGAUACUUUUCAAGCUCGAAGAAAGUUUUCUAGUUUCAAUCGACGACGACGACAAACUAAAAAAAAAACAAGUUGUUUUCUCCCAGAUCAGUAGCCGAUUGGUUAUAGUGUGCAUAUGCACAUUUUUGUUGUUGCUGUUCUCGUUGUGUCUGUGUGUAGCAUACAGUUUCCGGUGCUUAGCUAUUUUUCCUUCAAUGUCAAUCGAAACGAAUCAACGACAACACUGACAUUGCUGCGCAAUUUCAUUCUAACUCAUGCGGUCGUUCGAUUCAAGCUGAAACAAGAAAUUCUUGGGAAAAAUAACACGAAAGUCAAAUUGCGAUUGCUUUUAUCGGAAUUGAAUCGAAAAUUCAUGAAGCAUUAAGCGUAAAAUGGCGUCAUAGAAUAUUUUUAGUGCUUUUGUUCAUGAAUGAUAAAUUUUUUUUACGUUCUCGUCCCCUGUGCACACCAUAAAUGAUAAUUGUAUGACUUUGGUUGUUGUGUCGUGGUUAUUGUAUGAGUAUUUCGGGUAAAUUCACUUCAAAAUGACUGAUAAUGGCAGUAGAAAAUUCGGUGUAAUUGGCGUUUUGUUUUUGUGGGCAUUCGAGGCUGUUAAAGAGUUUAUAGAAAUUGUAAAUAAGAAAAUUGAGGGAAAAACGAUUUCAACGUCGACCGCACUGAAAUUCGUAUUAGCUCGCAAACUGGAUGUGCCACGUGCAGUGGCAUUAUUCGAACAGCAUGUAUUAAUUCGGCGAGAGGAAGAUCUUGAUAACAUCGAACCAAUGUCAGACCCAUUGCGCACGGAAUUAGAAACUGGCAAAUUCACAAUACUACCGGGACGUGAUGCAACUGGUGCAGCUAUUGCCUUGUUCACCGCCAACUUACACAAUCCAAAAGAUGUGACACAUCGUACAACGCUACAGGGCGUUAUCUUUCAACUGGACGCAGCGUUGCAGAGUGUGGAUACACAAAAAGCAGGCCUAGUCUUCAUCUACGACAUGAGCGCGUCCAAAUAUUCUAAUUUUGACUAUGAACUUUCACAGCGCAUUUUAAAUUUACUCAAAGGUGGCUAUCCAGCUCGAUUGAAAAAAGUAUUGAUUGUGACGGCACCGUUGUGGUUUAAGGCGCCAUUCAAAAUAUUACGUUUAUUUGUGCGAGAAAAAUUGCGCGAACGUGUAUUCACCGUGUCAAUUCCACAGUUGAGUUUGCACGUACCACGAGACAGUUUGCCAGUCCAUCUGGGUGGUACGCAUCAGAUAAAUCAUUCCACAUGGUUGCUAAAUUGUCAAAAAUCGAUGACGAAUCGUGAAGACGAACACACAGCCAGCAGCAUUGGUGAGCAGCUGCCAUCGCAAGCGUCACCAAUCAAAGAGAUCAAUUGCAGCGUGGCCAGUAGCAACAGUGUGAAUGGCAACAGUAAUGGCAGCACCGAUGACGUUGAAUUAGUUAGUGUUGUUGAUCAACAGCAGCAAUUGAACAAUCAAAAUAAUGCCGACAAUGCAGCAAAAGUACACGCCGAGAGCAAUAAUGAUGACACAGCACUGGUUGUUAGUAAUGGUGAGCCGAUAAGCGAAAUGUGGUCUGAAAAUCCACCGAGCAGUGCAUCGUCCGGUUUUAGUGACGAUGAUAGCUUAGCAUACACCGAAGGCGAUCCAAAAACCGGCGAACAAAUCGUUCAAAUGGUACGGGAACGGGGCCGUGAUGGUUUGGCCAAAGAAUAUUCCGAAAUUCGUUCACGUGCACCGGACGGAACGUUUCAACAGGCUCGAGUUCGGGCAAAUUUGGCGAAAAAUCGGUACACGGACGUUUUGUGCUACGAUCACAGCCGAGUGAUUUUAUCCAAACAGAACGAUGAGACCAACUCGGAUUAUAUAAAUGCCAACUUUGUUGAUGGUUACAAACAGAAAAAUGCAUACAUUUCCACGCAAGGACCGUUGCCGAAGACAUCUAGCGAUUUUUGGCGCAUGGUAUGGGAACAACAUUGCCUAGUGAUUGUGAUGACCACACGCGUUAUGGAGCGUGGCCGAGUGAAAUGCGGCCAAUAUUGGGAAACUGAUGUUGGUAGCGUUGCACAGUACGAUAAUUACUGCAUCAAAACGACCCAUGUCGAUUCAAAGGAGGACUACACCGUCGUAUCGCUAGAGCUUACUAAUAUAAAGACUGAAGAAACACGAAAAAUAUCGCAUUGGCAGUUCACAAGUUGGCCAGAUUACGGUGUACCCACAUCCGCAAUGGCGAUGUUAAAUUUCUUGCAGAAAGUCCGUGAACAACAAGCAGAGAUGGUCAGAGAGCUCGGCGACACAUGGGCUGGUCAUCCGAAGGGACCACCAAUUGUUGUUCAUUGUUCUGCAGGCAUCGGAAGAACUGGUACAUUCAUCACACUAGACAUAUGUAUAGCUCGUUUGGAGGAUGUUGGUACGGCCGAUAUCAAAGGGACUGUAGAAAAAAUUCGAUCUCAGCGCGCCUAUUCAAUACAAAUGCCGGAUCAGUACAUUUUCUGUCAUUUAGCUCUAAUCGAAUAUGCGGUAUCCAGGGGUAUGCUGAAAUCAGCUGACUUGAGUGGAUUCGAUGAUCGGGAAGAGGAUUCCGAGUAAUAGAUUCACCAGCAUGCAGAGUUGAAUCGACUAUUUAAUGAUAAAAAGAAGAAGAAAAAAAUUAAACAAAUGGACGAAAUCUGUUUAGAAUAUUUCUAAACACAGUUCAACAAUACAUGACUAAAUACCGAAUCGAAAAUCGCAUCUUCAUUUUACUAAAUUCACAAUCGAGUUAUAUAAGUGAGAUACUGCAUGCGAUUGUAAAGUGAUUAGGGUGUGACAAGAAAGUAAGAAGCAAACAGAAGAGAAAAUCAUUAGGAAAUUGUUUAUCAAGUGAUUCGGAAUGAAGUGAUUUUCAUUUCAUAGUUGUACAAAGAAGCAUUUUAAAGCUCUAAAUCACUUAAAAUGUAACUUCAGAUUUGUAAUUUAUUUAAAAAAAAAACACACACGCAUACAACAAAAACAAAAAGCUCAUAUCAUAUCGAACCUCCAAUAUUCGAUGCAGAUAUUGUUUUGAGAGAUGAAAAGUAAGGGAGAAAAAGAGAAAGAAAGAAAGAAAUGGUGAUUAUUUCUUUUUCGUAAUAACAAAAGUUUUAUUUUUUUGACUUUUUUUUUAAUUAGAGCUACACUCCAUCAGCUCUGUUUAAUUUUUGGAAAUUCUUUGUAUGGCCAUAACGAAUGACAUCAUAGAAUAAUUCUUUUUUUUUAUUUUAACAUAAUCGACAUGAAAUAUUACUCUAAUUAAUUGUAAUACCCUUAGACCAAGUUUUUUUUUGUUCUCAUCAAUUGUUACACAUGAAUGAAAAGAAAAAAACACGUAAUGAAAAAUAACAAUAACUGUAUUUAUUUUGACAUGAAAGAAAUUUAUUAUCAACAGAGCAAGAGCAAACCAGAAAAUUUAAUCAAAUUUGACAUGAAUAUUGGAUAGCCAAUCGAAUGAUCGAUUGACCAUUAGGACUGUAGCAAGAAUUGGAAAUGAUAUGAAAAAUGGAACAAAAGAAACAAAAAAAUGCCGAAAAUCAAUGUUAAGAUUAAAUACAUUCAAAACAAAAUGAAAAAUCAUGAAUAAACUGUAUUUUUUAGGAUAAAA